AUGGGAAGCCUUCGACCCGUUGUUAUUCCUCUUGCUCGAAGAGCGAGUUUCCAAGUAGCUGCUGCUUGCUUCUCGUCUAUUUCCGUACACAGAACACAUGCACCGUUCGCGUAUUACGAUGGUUCCACAGCCUCUCAACUGACCUCCUUCGACGCCGCCCAUCUCCAUGGAGAGCUUAUGGGGCCUCUAUACAGGGCAGCCUCGAUCUUCGAGGCCCAUUGCAAGGAAUCGGUAUACCAUGGGACAGAGGAAGUAGAACAUGUUCACCACACCGAUGCUGGAGCAGGCUCUUCGGUACCGCCCAACCCAGCUUCCAGACAGAACCAUGAGGGCCAUUAG